AUGAAUUAUGGCCAAACUGAACCUCUAACUACCCGACUUCACAAUCUUCUUAAAGACUACACUGACGGGUUCACAAUACCGAAAGAGAUCAUUCAAAAUGCGGAUGAUGCUGGAGCUACAACUGUUAAACUAUUGUAUGAUGAAAGGAUAGUAAAAGAAGCUCAAACAUGUCUCUUUAAUGAAGGCAUGAUUCCAUGUCAAGGACCAGCCUUCUGGGCAUAUAAUGAUGCCACGUUUACUGAAGAUGAUUUUAGAAACAUUACCAGACUAGCAGGAGCUACGAAGAAAGACGAUAGUAUGAAGAUAGGAAGAUUUGGUUUAGGGUUUAACUCCGUGUAUAAUUUGACUGAUGUUCCAAGCUUUCUUUCUGGUGAAACCUACGUUGUGUUCGACCCACACGAAUCUCAUCUUGGAAGAAGUGGAUUAAAGAUCAAUCUUAAUUUUCCUGGGAACCAGUUAAUGCGGCAUAAAAUGAAGGGUCAGUUUUAUCCAUUUGAAGGCGUUUUUGGAUGCAAUAUCGUGAACAAAGACCGAGUCCAUUUUAAAGGCACGCUGUUUCGCUUACCACUAAGAAAUUCAGACGAAGCUGCUAAAAGCGAAAUAAAGGAUAUAAGC